AUGGAUUGGAGCUUGUGCUUUCAUAAGAUCUGUUUGCUCUUGCUCCCGGUGUUGGCGUUGGUGCUCACGAAUGGAGUCUUUGACGUGAGGAGCUUCGGCGCCGCCGCUGACGGGAAGACCGACGAUAGCAAGGCAUUUCUUGAUGCGUGGAACCAAGCGUGUCAAUACAAAGGAGGAGUUCGGAGGAGAUUGUUCGUCCCGCGAGGGAAGUACAUGGUUUGGCCGGUGGUGUUCAGGGGGCCAUGCACUGGCCCCAUCGAGCUCAUGGUCAAAGGGGUGGUCAAAGCGCCCGUUGACAAGUCAACGUUCUCGUUAGACCAUUGGAUCACCUUCCAGUACGUCAGCGGAUUGUUGAUCAAUGGCGGUGUUACGUUUGAUGGCCAGGGGCCUUAUGCUUGGCCUGAGAACGAAUGUGCUUGCAAGUCUCUUCCAGUGGUAAGUCCUCUCCUACUUUGCUCAAUUAGUUCGGUCAACAGCAAGAACUUCCACUUUAACAUCUUCAAGUGCGACAAUCUUGAGUUUUGGCGCGUCCGGAUAAUCACCCCCGACGAGAGCCCCAACAGGGAUGGGAUCCACAUGGGCAACUCGUCCCGCAUUAGGAUUGCCGACUCUGUGAUCGCGACAGGGGACGACUGCGUCUCGAUUGGGCCGGGGUCCAAAGAUGUUGAGAUCGUCGGCGUCCAUUGCGGGCCGGGUCACGGGCUUAGCGUGGGGAGUCUCGGGACGUACCCGAACGAGGCGGACGUGACCGGUCUCUCCAUGAGGGGUUGCACUAUGGUUGGGACUCAGAAUGGUUUGAGGAUCAAGACUUGGGCUUCUGAGCUCAAAAGCAAUGUCUACAAUAUCUCGUUUUCUGACAUUACCAUGAAGAAUGUGCAAAAUCCCAUUAUCAUUGACCAAGAGUACUGUCCCCGUGGUGGUUGUUCUAACCAGCUGGGGUCGCAUGUUCAGAUCAAGGACGUUUCGUUCAUGAAGAUCCGGGGCACUUCGGCUUCGCAUUUGGCAGUCAACCUCGCAUGCAGCCCGAUCUUCCCUUGCCAGAACAUCAAUCUUGAAGACGUCGACUUGGCAUACACCGGCCGGGAAGGGCCUGCAGAAUCGCACUGUGCUCAUGUGAAUGGCGACGCCGGUGGCGUACAAAGGCCAUCCUCUUGCAUUUAG